AUGGAUAGUCAUCAUUGUGCCUCUCUCCUAUUGUUCCACUUUCAGCAGUAUCCUCCCAAGAUCGAGAGAUGGACGGCACAUCCCCCGGCACAAGUCGAGUUCGCUUGCGGUACUGUUCGCCACACCCUGGUACAAUUAUGCAACCCUGCCGCCCAACCAGACCACGCCCGCCUUACACAACCGCACGACCCUGCCCACACUCGAGGACCCGUGUCACUCAGGUCCUGUUCCUCCCCCGAGGUUUCUAGGAAGGCUGUUCCUCCCUUCGCCCAUUUUGAAAAACGUCUGGUCCGAAAACAGUUUAUGAUUGGCAGCCCGUGUGAAAGUCUUCCAGUCCUGGGUCAUGAUUGGCCAGUUCUACUUCAUUGUUACCAAAGCAAACACAUGUCCGUGGUAAAUUUAUGA